AGUCGCACUAUUCGCCGUCUUCCGUUGGUGCGUGCAUCCAUCGCAGCUUGAGGUGUUCUGUUUUUUUCCGGUUCGUUCCGCAUCUCAACGAUCUCACAUCAAAUCUGGGUCUCUCUCUCUCUGAGUCGCAGCAAAGUACCGGUUAUUCUCAUCGCGUCUUCCCUCCCCUUCACCGUAGCCAUGGAUCAGUUCGCCGUCGCGGUCAGCUCAGCGGUCAACCGCAUUGAGGAGCUGCGCCUCCCUGUGGUGCCGUACAACACGUACAUCAAGGCUGUCUGUGUCGGCAUCCCGAUCGCCGUCCUCGCCCACGACCUCGCCGACUACUGGAUGCCCAAGAAGGUCCACGUCCCGCUUCUGUCGUGGUUUGUGCGUCGCUGGCGCAAGGACCCGGAGACGAAGUCGACGCAUCUGCGCGUAAUUCGUAACCUCUUCCUCUUCGCCUUCUUUGUUGUCCUCCGCAUGGACAGCGCCGCCAACGAAGAGUCGCAGCCGUCCGACUACGUCUCGCAGCGCCUGACGAGUGCGGCGGGGCAGCGCGCGAUGAAUCAGGAGAUUUACAAGUCCCGCCGCAACGCCUUCAACGCAGCGACGAUGGUGAUUGGCGAGGAGGAGAUGAACGUGGAGGGGGUGCAGCAGCAGCGCGACGCCGUUCUGCGCCGGCGCCACCUGCACGACCCCAACGUCCAAUGA